AUGGACAGACUGACCGGAUUUUUGGUGGCUAUUCAGCCAUAUGGCGACGGCGAUUUCGUUGACCGCCUCAACUACUACUACACGUCUAUCCUUAUAGUAGCAUUCGCGGCGUUCGUUAGCGGCUGGUCGUUUGUCGGCACCCCGAUUAUGUGCUGGUUUCCAGCGUAUUUUAAAGGUUACUGGAUUCAGUACUCGUUGGAUUACUGUUACGUACAAAACAGUUAUUUCCUGCCUUUCGUCAAGAGCCCGCCGGCGAAAAAUUAUUGGAACUUGGUCAACGAACCGAUUGACAUACCGGUCAGUGUAGAGGAGCGCGAUCGACGUCUGAUCGGUUAUUACCAGUGGGUUCCGUUCGUGCUGGCGCUAAUGGCCAUAUGCUUCUACGCCCCUGUCGUGUUGUGGCGGUCGCUGAACGGCUAUUCAGGAAUUGGUGUAAAAGCAAUCUGUGGGAUGGCUCAACUGAUGAACAACAUGCAGCCUGAUCAACGGCAGAAGAGUAUCAAAAGCAUCGUCCGUUUCCUAGAUCAUUCCGUGUUACUGUCAGAGACGUUACACGACAGUCGUGUUUUCAGUGGACGUUAUGUUGUGUUGCUCUACCUGUUGGUGAAACUGAUUUACCUGGUCAAUAGUAUCUUGCAGUUUUUCGUCCUGAAAGCAUUUCUUGGACUCGAUGACGACUGGUGGGGAUUCAGAGUACUGCGCAGUAUUACCAGCGGAACAGAAUGGGAAGAAACGGGCCAUUUUCCUCGCGUAACGCUUUGCGACUUCGAAGUCAGGGAACUUGGUAAUCUGCACCGACACACUGUUCAAUGUGUGCUUAUGAUCAACAUGUUUAACGAGAAAAUUUUCGUGUUCCUGUGGUGGUGGUUUCUGCUCAUUGCUUCACUGAACGUGUUUGACUUCUUAAUAUGGAUCGUCGAAUGGAUUUACGAUGAGACCUGCCAUAAUUACAUCAUCACCUAUAUUAAGGUCAUGGAUAACACAUUCCUGAAAACUGACCGCCCAAAGGCGCGCCAAUUCAUCUCAAGCUGUCUCAAGCCGGACGGCAUCUUCCUGCUGCGCCUCAUUAGAAAAAACGCGGGCGAGGCACUGAGCGUCGAACUGCUGAAUAGCAUGUGGAAACGAUUUAAACAGCGCAGCGAAGCGGUCGACAAUAAGGGUCGCAGCAACGGCGACGCACCCGUGUCCUUGAUCACCAAGGACAAUAACGGUGGUGACUCCAGCACCUUGCCGGUGGCCUAUCCGUCGCUACCGAACUACGAAGAAGUGGCUGCACAAAGAGCGCACGUUGGCAGUAUGAUAUUCAUCGACGCAUUUAUAAGGGCGCUUAAGCCGAGGAAUGAUGACGACCUGAUCGAUCGCGUGAACUACUACUACACACCAAUUAUUCUGGCGUUCUUUGCCUUGACGCUGAGUGCGAAACAGUACGUCGGCCAACCGAUUCAGUGUUGGGUUCCUGCGCAGUUCACAGGAGCGUGGGAACAGUACACUGAAAAUUAUUGUUUCGUCCAGAACACAUACUUUCUGCCAUUGACCGACCAAAUUCCGUUCGAUUACGGCGAAAGAGACCGCCGCGAGAUCGGCUACUACCAAUGGGUUCCUUUCAUCUUAGCUCUGCAGGCAUUAUUGUUUUAUCUACCUUGCUUGUGCUGGAAUCUGACCAACUGGCAGUCAGGUAAGUUGUUGUUUGUUUGUUGCAAAUUGUUAUCAUGCCGCUACCCCAUGAUUUCCCAAAAAUGAUU